UUUCCUAAACCCAAGAUUCUUUCCGUCUUGGCCAUGAUGAGUCCCUCCAAGGCGCUAGCCCUAAUCAAUCAAGUCAACCCCAAGAACCCUGUUGCGAGUAUUUUUAACAGUACGCCAAGUUGGCUGAUGUGAGCUGCCAACCACUCCUUUUCUGUAGAUGGGGCCGUUUGCCAUGGAAAUCCCCCCCCUGUUUGGCAACUUAGACUCCACUUUCAGUCCAACCUUGCCCCCCUUGAUCAAGAAAAGACCCCCCAGCAUUUCAAAGUUCCAUCCUUCCAUCCCGACUGACAUCCGAUCCUGCCAGUUCCGGGUUGUGUUGACGCUUGUUAAGCGACGCGUAGGAGUGAUUGUCGAGCUGUCGUCUUACCUGGUACACCUCACUUGAUGGCCUAACUUCUGAAUUCUCCCCGUUCGCCUUCUCCAUUAAGGGGUUAAUUAUCUUGAGCAUCAUGAUUGCGAACCUCGUGCUACUGGCCCUCCCGCUGGUGGUCACGUACUUGGUCGCGGCAACAUGGCACCGCCGAUUUAAGCAGUUUGCCAACUUCCCCCAGUUCAAGACCUCCUUUAUCUGGGGUCACUUGAAAACGAUUCAUGAAUACACGCUGAAGGGGCCUCCAGGAAUUCAUCAUGAUCACGUCUUUGCGGCAAUGGCGAAGGACGCGGGGAACCCACCCCUCAUGCUCCUCGACUUGCGCCCUGCCACCUAUCCCAUGGUGUUGGUGAAUAGCCACGAUAUCGCCGAGCAGAUCACGCGGGUGAGCAGCAUGUUCGCCUGGAGCACGCCCAAGUCUCCCACAAUGGGCGCUCUGAAAGAGGAAUGGAAGCAGCUCCGCAAGCGCUUCAACCCGGGCUUCGCGCCGCAGCACCUGAUGACGCUGCUGCCCUGCAUCCUCGACAAGACGGACAUCUUCAUGGAGCACCUGGACCGCUACGCCCUCUCGGGCGACGAGUUCCCAAUGCUGCGCAACACCAUCAACCUCACGUUCGACAUCAUCGGCGCCGUCACCAUGGACGUCGAGUUCGACGCCCAGCGGGCCGAGUCGUCCGGCCAGGGCGAGUUCAUCAAGCUGUACGACCAGCUACUCAACAAGUACGGCGUCGAGUACAGCCGCUUCCGCCGGUGGAUGUCGCCCAUGCGCGAGUGGCGCCGCCACACGCUCAGCGAGCGGAUCGACCGCCUCCUCGAAGCCAUGAUCCGCACCAAGCACGCCGAGCACAACAACCACCAAACCGCCAUCAACGGCAACGGCAACGGCAACGGCCACACCAAGCGCAAGCCCCGCGACGUGCUCAGCCUCAGCCUGCAGGGCAGCGACACGCUCAGCCCGGCGCUCCUCACCGAAACGCGCGACCAGAUCAAGUCCUUCCUCUUCGCGGGCCACGACACCACCGGCAUCCUCCUCGCCUGGAUUUUCUACGAGUUCUCGCGCUCGCCGCGCGUGCUGCAGGCCGUGCGCGACGAGCUGGACGAGCUGUUCGGGCCCGACGCCGACCCGGCCGCCGUCCGCGCCCGCCUGCUGGCCCCCGGCGGCGAGGAGCUCAUCAACCGCAUGCGGUAUGCCACGGCGGUGGUCAAGGAGGUGCUGCGUGUGUAUCCGCCUGCGGGGACGGCGCGCAUGGCGCCGCCCGGGUCGGGGUUCACGGUGCGCACGCAGGAUGGGCAGAGUUAUUGUCUGGAUGGGGCGAUUAUCUAUAAUUGUGCGACCAUCAUUCAGCGCGACCGGACUGUGUUUGGGGAUACGGCGGAUGACUUUGUGCCGGAGCGGUGGCUGGGGGAUAGGGUGGAGAUUAUGAGCGCCGGGGCGGAUGAGGAGUCGGAGAAGCGGGACGAGGCCGGCCGCAAGUACCCGCCGGGCGCGUGGCGGCCGUUCGAGCGCGGCCCGCGUAACUGCAUCGGGCAGGAUCUUGCUACUAUUGAGGCUCGCGUGAUCGUGGCGGCUGUGGCGAGGCGGUACGACUUUGUGAAGGUUGGGCUCGGCGAGCUUGAUCUCGAUGAGAAGGGGAAGCCGGUCCUGAACGACAAGGGGCAGUACAGGACCAAGUCGGAGAUGUACAAUACGGCGCAGGUGACGGCCAAACCGGUCGAUGCGAUGCGUAUGAAGGUGGACACAUCACAUGUGUACCCCCAUACAAUAAUCUCGCGCAUCUGA